AGUCCGAUAGGUUCCACGAUCGCUUAGUCCACUUCAUAUGCAAGUCAUUUCCAAAAGGCUUCUCCGUUUCUUCGAACAGUUCCUCUGAGAGAGAGAGAGAGAGAGAGAGAGCGACAUGGCCGGAGUGAGUCUGGUGUGCGUGCCGUUGGUGGCAAAAUCCGUUGAGCAGAUGCUGAGUGAGAUGGCGACGGCGAAGGUCCGCGGCGCCGACGUCGUCGAGAUUCGCCUCGACCACCUUGCAAGCUUUGAGCCCCGCCGAGACCUAGAUCUCUUGCUUAGAAACCGUCCCCUCCCGGCCCUCGUCACCUACAGACCAAAGUGGGAGGGAGGUGAAUACGAAGGAGAUGAUGGCAGACGUUUUGAGGCACUCUUUUUAGCCAUGGAGUUUGGAGCAGAUUACGUUGAUAUUGAGCUUAAGGUUGCUCAGGAAUUUCUGGACUAUUUAUCAGGAAAAAGACAAGAUAGAACUAAGCUAAUUGUUUCUUCUCAUAACUAUCAGAGCACACCAUCAACUGAGGAUCUUAGUAGCCUUGUAGCUAGGAUUCAAGCUGUUGGAGCUGAUAUUGUAAAGAUUGCAACAACUGCUGUGGACAUAGUUGAUGUUGCACGCAUGUUUGAAGUGAUGGUGCAUUGCCAGGAACAGCAGGUGCCAAUGAUUGGAUUGGUAAUGGGAGAGAGAGGAUUAAUAUCACGGAUACUUUGUCCGAAGUUUGGUGGAUAUCUUACUUUUGCUACUCUCAGUGUGGGAAAAGAGUCAGCUCCUGGUCAGCCUACUCUCUCGGACUUGUUGGAUAUUUACAAUAUUAAACAGAUAAGAGCCGAUACAAAGGUAUAUGGAAUUGUCGGAAAGCCUGUAGGCCACAGUAAAGGACCCAUUUUGCAUGGUGCUGCAUUUAGAUCAGUUGGCUAUGAUGCAGUAUAUUUACCUCUCUUGGUGGAUGACUUUGCUAGCUUUCUCCAUACCUAUUCAUCUCCCGACUUUGCUGGAUUUAGUGUUACGAUGCCUCAUAAGGAGGCUGCCCUUGCAUGUUCUGAUGAAGUUGAUCCAAUUGCUAAGUAUAUUGGGGCUGUAAAUACAUUGAUAAAACGUCCAUCAGAUGGAAAACUAAUAGGUUAUAACACAGACUACACUGGUGCAAUUUCUGCUAUUGAAACAACACUACAAGGUUCUUCAGGGAAGGUUUCGGCUGGUUCUCCUCUGGCUGAUAAGGUUUUUGUCGUCUUAGGAGCUGGUGGUGCUGGUAAAGCACUUGCUUAUGGUGCUAAAGAAAAAGGUGCAAGAGUUGUGAUAGCAAACCGUACAUAUGAGCGAGCCAAAGAACUUGCCAACUUAGUUGGAGGACAGCCUAUAUCACUUGCAGAUUUAGAAAAUUUCCAUCCAGAGGAAGGGAUGAUUCUUGCAAAUACAACAUCAAUAGGAAUGCACCCAAACAUUCAUGACACCCCUCUCUCCAAGCAAGCUCUGAAAUCAUACGCGUUGGUUUUUGAUGCUAUAUACAACCCAGUGGUGACCAGACUUCUUCGUGAAGCAGAAGAGCUUGGAGUGACCAUUGUUACUGGAAUGGAGAUGUUUAUACGUCAAGCCAUGGGUCAGUUUGAACUUUUCACUGGUUUACCAGCCCCUGAGAAGCUCAUGCGUGAUACUUUGUUGAGCAUGCAAUAAAAUGAUCUUUAUUUUUGGAAGUUCUGGUGCCCAUUGAUGACAUUUAUCACAUAUAAUGAGCUGCCGUAUGCUGCUUGUGGCUGUACGCUGCUCUCAUUCCUGUGCAAUUUUUCAUUGAUUUGGAAGAAACUUUUGUUAAUCAGCAUUCCAUUUUCUCAAAUCUUUUUCUUUGUAAACUUUAUGAGGCUUUUUUUUUAAAGAAAAUAAACGAAAUCUGGGUGAAAUAUUAUGACAUUAGUAAAUAAGUUGAUCUAACAUAAUUAA